AUGUCUGCGAUCCACGCCGCCUUCCUCGCCAUACUUGGCGUGACCAGAGCUCUCGUCCUUCCCAGGGACCUCACUGCCGAUGUCCGCGGACGGGAUUGGCAGUCGGCGGUGCAGAACAUCAACGGCAUGAACUCGAUCCUCACCCUCCUUCCGGUCUUGACGGGCAAAGUCCAGAAUGUCAAGCUGAUCGCCAGUCGCAUCUUUCCCGCGUCGUUUGUGGUGGCCGGGAUCGGCGCCGGUCGAGUGUUAUCCAAGUUGCAGCUGGGCAUCCUACUGUGGAGUUUUGAGCUCUACCGCAACACCGUGGCCGAGUUGUCCUACGCCCACGACGAGUACGUGAACAGGUACAUGCCCAAAUUGCGGCACAUCCCCUCUGGCACCGCCGAGCGGCAUACGACGAACCUGAUCAUCAAUCACAACCCUGCCGAGGCAUACAUGGUGGAAACGUGGUUCCAGGCUCGAGGGUGCCCGUCGACUAUCCGACUGAAGCAGAACAACUACACAAGGCUGUUGCUGGGAUCCGUCAUUUAUCUCGCAGUCUACGGUGCAGAGACUUUUCUGGCGGUCCAGAAUGGGGCUGAUGGAACCGGCCGGCUGUUGAUCAUUGUGCAGGUCAUCUGUGUCUCCUUGUGGCUGGGGGCCGUCAUCAUGAUACAAAUCGCCCGCGGCCAGGGCAAGGCUGAAGUUCAGCUCAACCGCACGGGUUCGCCGGAAUAUCGUUGCCUCCAGAUGCCCACGGCUGGGGAGAACGUCACCUGCGAAGUCCUCAGUUUCCAUCUCGACAACCUCAACGGGUUCCAGCUGUACGGGGGAAGAUACGAGCAGCCGAUCUUGAGGGUCGCGGGUGCCCUGAUCCUCGUUAGUGGGGUCCUGGAUGUGGUCUCAACCGUGUUGAUCGUCGGCCUGACCGCUUGGGCGUACCCGUGGAUCGGGAUCGAGGUUGUCAUUAUCGUGACCAAGGUCAUCUUUUGCCUCGAGCCGACGCGGGAAAUUGAGAUUGCGAGCGUAGCUUUUGCCACGGACGGUUUCGAUCAGAGCGCCCCCGAUCCGCUGCCCCUAAAGAUCCAGUCCGGGGAUGACUUCGUGUGGCACAAAGUCACGACCGAUUACAACAUCGUCCACGAACCCCGUACAAACAGGGACUGGCGCUCGACAACAGCUGGACUGUGGGUUGGCCAGGUCUACAACGCGCCUGACAGCUCCGGGGGGUUCUCCGUGAGGUACCUAGGCACCGAUCAAGAGAAGAAGCUUACCUUACUCGUCGGCGAGCCCGAAAAGCAGGAUAAUCAAGCAUUGCAGCGGGAGUUUCUGGCCGCGUUAGCAACCAUGGUCGAAGCAAACGUAGUGCCUAGUAAAAAGUUCAUCGCGGCUGUCGAGCGGACGUUGGACAAUAUCAAGAGUACCAUGGCGACCAACUGGUAUGCAUUUGGGUCCAAGGACGUGACGGAUAAAAUCGGCAAGGCUCGACGUGAUGGGAUAUGGAGACACUAUUUCUAG